AUGGCUAAACCAGAAAAGAAGACGUUUGAAGACGUUGAAUUACCUUCAAAUCCUAAUUUACCAGCAUGGAUGCUUACACCAAAAGAAGAGAAGCUUAUUUUUGAAAGAUGGAGAAAGAAGGCGUUCCUGAGAUGCGAUGAAUUAAUAAAGAAAUAUAUCGAAUGCACUAAUAGUUAUAGCGCACUCGAAGCGAUGACAAAAUGCCAGGCAGCAAACAAUAUUGCACAAGGAUGUGUAGCCAAAUACCAAAAGGUGGAGUAUCUUGAUAUUGAGAGAGAUAUUCUUAUUAAAGAAAAGGCGGAAAAGAGAAAAUUGUACAGAGAAUCCUUAAAGGCCACUCAAAAUGAAGCCUAA